AUGAAGACUACCGCUCUCAUUUCCUUGCUUGGUCUGUCCAGCAGCGCCAUCGGUGCGGCCGUGAGCAACAGCAACAGCGGAAACGCACCCUUCGGCUACAAGUCUGGCUCACCGGAAUCUGUUGCCAACCUGAAGGACAAGAUCGAGAAUGUUGUCUGGAUUCUCUUGGAAAAUCGCGGAUUCGACAACAUUUUGGGUGGUAUUAAGAGGAAGGGCUUGGACAAUGUCGUAAACAAUGGUCCUUUCUAUAAUCUGGAGGAUAUUGCCAACCCCAAGAGUAAGAAGUGGUCCAGCCAGUCCAAGGACUACGACUCGGUUCUCAAUGACCCCGACCACUCGCUCACUGGCACCAACUUCGAGCUCUAUGGAACUUACAACCCUGACAAUGAAGCCAUUGCCAAUGGUUCCUUAACUCCCAACCUGUCGGGCUUUGUCAACCGCCAAAUUCUUCAGCACCCCAAGAUCUCCGCUCAGCGCGCAACCGACGAAGUCAUGGGAUACUACUCCGAGAGUCAAAUCCCCACUAUCGUUGAUAUGGUUGAUGAAUUUACUACCUUCAACAACUGGCACUCCUGUGUCCCUGGUCCCACCAACCCCAACCGUCUCUGCGCGGUCUCCGGUGUCACUGAUGGCCACGGCAAGAAUGACGAAGACUUUGAUAUCUCCGCCAUCCCGACUAACAGCAUCUUUGAGGUCGCCUCCAAGAAGGGUAUCUCGUGGCUCAACUACGACGGCACCAACGGCGCCUUCCUUCCCGAUUCCCUGUUCUUCAACUGGACUGCCCAAAACGCCAAGAGCAACGUUGUCCCGCUCGAGAACUUCUACCAAGACGCCUACCUGGGCCUCCUCCCCCAGCUGUCUUACAUCAACCCAUCCUGCUGCGGCCUGAACUCCAACUCCAUGCACCCCUCCGGCAACGUCUCCUUCGGUGAGGUUUUCCUGAAGCAGAUCUACGAUGCCGUCCGCACCGGCCCUCAAUGGGAAAAGACCCUUUUCCUUGUCACCUUCGACGAGACAGGUGGAUUCUUCGACCACGUCGCACCCGCUCUCGCCGUCCGCACCGACAACAAGACCUACACCGAGACCGCUCAUGAUGGCAGCUCGUACACUUUCAGCUUUGAUCGUCUCGGUGGUCGUAUCCCUACCUGGUUGCUGUCCCCCUAUGCCCCCAAGGGUUACAUUGAGGGCUACGGUACCAACCCCGCCACCGGCCAGUCUUCCCCGUACAGUGCUACCUCCGUGCUGAAGACCCUCGGUUACUUGUGGGAUCUGGAGGACCUGAGUCCUCGUGUCGAGCACUCACCUGCCUUUGACCAUCUCAUUGGCCCGACUAAGCGCUCUACUCCUCCGACUCUCAAGAACCCUCACACUUUCCCUGAUGCUAUCUGA